CCUCGCCGCUCCCCUCAUAGGCCCCCCCCCCCUCACCGCGCAUGCGCGGAGCCUCCAUCGCGCAGCGCGCAUGCGCUAUGUCCACCGAGCCGCCUGAGGCCUUCCUGGUCCCUCCGCCGCCUGCGGCCUCCUCCGGUACCACCGGAGCCCGACCGGAACCGGAAGAGGAACCGGGGGAAGAACCGGCCGACCCCCCCCGACCCCGGAACGGCUUCCGGUCGUCGGGUGGGGGGGGGGGAGGAGGAAGCCAUAAGCGACGGAGCAGCUCCGGUGCUAAGGGCCCGGCCUGGAAGCGGCGGCGGCGGCCGCCGGGCCCCGAGUGUUGUCCGGUGCUCCCGUCCGAGUUCCUGCUCGGGGGCAACAUCUUCGACCCGUUGAACCUCAAUAGUCUCCUGGACGAGGACGUGAGUCGGGCGUUGAACGCGAGGACCCCGCAGAGUUCCCCGUUACCGGCCCGAGGACGGGACCCGGUGGAGAUCCUGGUGCCCAGGGACAUCACCGACCCCCUGAGCCUCAAUGCGCCCGGGGACGGGCUCCGGUUGGUGAAGGCAUCGAGGAGGAGGCAUCGGCAUCGGGGGCAGCAACGGAACAACACGACCGGUAAUACAACCGGUAAUACAACCGGUAAUACAACCGGUAGCAACGGGGAGACCGGUAAUAGCAACGCAACCGGUAACAGCGGGACCGGUAAUAACAGUGGGAUCGGUAACAACGCGACCGGGAACAACAGCAGGACCGGUAGGAGCAGAGCGACCGGUAACAAGGCAACCGGUAGUAACAGCGCAACCGGUAACAGCGGGACCGGUAAGAACAGAGCAACCGGUAACAACGUGACCGAUAAUAACAACAGCGGAACCGGUAAUAACACAACCGGUAACGGAGGAACCGGUAACGGAGGAACCGGUAACAACAACGGAACCGACGAUAACACCACAACCGGCUUCAAUGACACCUCCUGCCCGCACACCCCCCCUACAACCACCGCACCCCCAUCGUCCUCCGCCUGUCCCGGUACCGGUUCCGCUACCGGUUCCGCUACCGGUAGACACCGUAAACGCCGACGGACUUGCAGCAGGUCAGAGGGGCCUCGUCCGCCCCCCCCGGUCCGGAGACAGGCGCAGCGCUUCCAAUACGGCAACUACAGCAAGUACUACGGGUACCGGAACCCCGACUGUGAGGACGGGAGGCUCCGAGCCAUGCGGCCCGAGUGGUUCACGGGCAAGGAGGUGUUGGAUGUGGGGUGUAACGUGGGGCACCUGACGCUCAGCAUCGCCAAGCGCUGGGGACCGGCUCGGGUUGUAGGGCUGGACAUUGACGGGGCCUUGAUCCGCUCGGCGAGGCAGAAUAUACGGCACUAUAUGUCCGAGGAGCUGAGGAAUGGGGCGACAAGCGGAGCUACAACCGGAGCUACAACCGGAGGUGGAGGAACAACAGGCGGAGGGGGGAGGAAGGGGUUCCCCGCAGCGCUGCUCGCCAGCCGCGGCCCCAUUGCUGCCCCUGUGCUGCCCCCCGAUGGGCCUGGGGCGGCUGGCUUCCCGCAUAAUGUGGUGUUUGUGACGGCUAACUACGUCCCCCAGCACGAUGAGGCUGUCACCGCCCAGCGCCCUGAGUUUGAUGUUGUUCUCUGCCUGUCCCUGACCAAGUGGGUACAACUGAACUGGGGGGACGAGGGUCUCAAGCGCCUGUUCCGCCGCCUGUACCGACACCUGCGCCCGGGGGGGCUCCUGCUGCUGGAGCCACAGCCAUGGGGGUCCUACCGCAAGCGCAAGGGGCUGACGGAAACCACGUUCCGGAACUACCACCGCAUCCGCCUGCGCCCGGAGCAGUUCCCGUCCUACCUGACCUCCCCCGAAGUGGGGUUCGACAGCUACGAGCUGCUGGGGACCCCCCAACACGCGGCCAAAGGUUUCCAGCGCCCCAUAUAUCUCUUCCAUAAGGGUCAAGGCAAUUCCCACUGAGCCCCCCCCAUUGACCCACAAGUGUGGGGGGAUCCGACGCCACCAACGGGGGGGGGUUUGCCCCUCCCCCCCCCCCCACGAAGAUGCCAAAUG